UCCAGUGUGGAGUCACGGAACUCCUGAGGGACUGAGCACUCCCUCGUUGGAGAGCAUUCAAGGGUGAAGGCUCAAAGCAGUUGGGCAGCGUCUGCUGUGAGGCCAGGGGACACACCCUGUUGGUCUGCUCAUGCCUGUGCAGCUCUGCCAGGAGGAAGCCCAGGGCAGGAGCCGCGCCAGGCAACGGUUGGCACGAUAUGGAGCGCCGGAACAAGAUGGAGUUUUUCCAGAAACUGGGCUACAGCCAGGACGACGUGGUCAGGGUGCUGGGCAAACUGGGUGACAAUGCGUUGGUCAACGAUGUGCUGCAGGAGUUGAUCCAGACUGGUAGCCGCCCAAGGGCCCAGGAGGAUCCAGCCAACAGCACCGGGGUAGUGCUGACACCCCGGGGAUGCUGCGGGAUCCGGGACUCUGCCCAGCAGGGCCUGGGACCAGGCCUGGAAGAGGCUGGUGGAGACCCAGCCAGCUCCCUCCGGCCCAUAGUGAUCGAUGGCAGCAAUGUGGCCAUGAGCCAUGGAAAUAAGGAAGCCUUCUCUUGCCGGGGAAUUCGUCUGGCUGUGGACUGGUUUCGGGACAGAGGACACACCUACAUCAAGGUUUUUGUUCCAUCUUGGAGGAAAGAACCAUCAAGAUCUGAUACGCCUAUCAGAGAGCAGCACGUGCUGGAGGAGCUGGAGCGGCAAUCUGUGUUGGUGUACACCCCAUCCCGCAAGGUCAACGGCAAGCGAGUGGUCUGCUACGAUGACCGCUACAUUGUCAAGGUGGCCUUUGAGAAGGAUGGCAUCAUUGUCUCCAAUGACAACUACCGGGACCUGCAGAGUGAAAACCCAGAGUGGAAAUGGUUCAUCGAGCAGCGACUGCUCAUGUUCUCCUUUGUAAAUGACAGGUUCAUGCCUCCUGAUGACCCCCUUGGCCGCCGUGGACCAACCCUGAGCAAUUUCCUAAGCAAGAAGCCAAGGCCACCAGAGCCAUCCUGGCAGCACUGUCCCUAUGGCAAGAAAUGCACCUACGGGGUCAAGUGCAGAUUCUACCACCCGGAGAGGUCACACCACGCACAGCUGCCAGUGGCUGAUGAACUCCGAGCCAAGACGCGGGCCUGGCCCGGCGGUGGAGCCGAGGAGCAGCGACCACCGAGUGUCCGGAGCAGCCAUGCAGCAGUCCGGCUGUUUCCCCGGGAGCCCGGCGCGCCCAGCCUCCCACCACUGCAGCAGCCCACGCCUCUGGCUGCCCUGAGCCGGAGCUUCUCGCGGCUCACCUUCAGCGAAACCCGGGCCAGGGGCGUCGCGUCCCGAACGUGUGAGCCUGACUGGAUGCCCACGAGUGGCCCCACGUCCUGGGCCUUGCCAUCCCCUCAUGCAGGCAGCGCUGCCAUCGCAAGGUCGCCGGGUCUGCUGCGAUGCCUCCGGACUGCAAACAGCCCUCUCUCCUCAGACGAUCUUGGGUCCCCAACCUGCCCGCAGGCCCGGCCACUAGAAGGACACCCAGACGAACAGGGUUCCAGGGAUAUGCACAGUGAUUUGGUUCUCCAGCACAGACCUCUGGAAGAUCCGUGGAGCCUUCUGCCCAGCUCCUACCGUUACCCGAGUCACUCGGCCUGGGCUGAGUCCGUUUGGGGCGAGGACGCCUUUAGAGGACCUUCGGGGUCAGCACAGCCAGCAGCCAGUGUUGGGGGCACACGCACUAUUUUCCACAGUGUCUUUCCAGCUGAUCAAGUGGACCCUGGGAUGGCCUCCGAUCCUGCACUCUCCGACCUGGCUCUACUCAGCCUCCAGCAGAGAUCCCAAAGGACUGGUGCGCGGUUGGGGGACCCUUAAGCGACAGUUCACAACACUGCAAGGAGUGGCUGAGGACUGACUUGCAGCUUGGAUAGGAGGAAUACAAGAUGAUUGCCAACCUGGCUGUGAGUCACCGUUUUUGGACCCGGUCAGUGGGAGACUCGAUUCUCAUCCUCAGCGGUGGAUAAUCAGGAGGGAUCUUGAUGAUGCUCCCAGGGCCUGCUGAAUGGACAGGUUGAUUUCUGAUGUGUUCAUCACACAUCUGGGUCUGGUUCUAAGUACCGGCCACAAAGUGUUUCACGGGCCUUCACACAAACCAAAGAGGACACCCAAGUAAUCAAGUUGAGUUUGAUAUAAACUCUUGCUCUCUCUCUCUCUCUCUCUCUCUCUCUCUCUCUCUCUCUCUGUGUGUGUGUGUGUGUGUGUGUGUAAGAUUCUAGGAAGCCAUGAGAAUGUGGGUUAUGGUUGAAAGCCUGAAAAAGGAUGGUAGAUAGUCUUGCCUUUUGUGGCAUCAAAUAAUGUUUUAAAAUGUGUUCAGGUGACAUGGGAAGGAAAGAGUUGAUGCCUGAAGUUUUCAUGUCACCAUUAAUAACCUUACACAUGUGGGAACCCAGCCUUCUGUAAAUUUUUACUGUGGGGCUGUGAGGUGUUGUGGGUGCCCCAGGGUACUCUAUUCUAAGGGUCUCCUCAGCAAUCCUUCACUCCUUUUGUACAUACAUACCAUACCAUUCAAAUAUCGCCCCCCCCCCCCACAUACACAGAGCCUUGGUCAAGGAUCAGCCUAUUUUGUUUUCAAGACAGAGUUUCUCUGUUUAGCCCUGUCUGUCCUGAAAUUCACUUUGUAGACCAGGCUGGCCUCGAACUCACAGGGAUCCAUCUGCUUUGGCCUCUUGAGUGCUGGGAUCAAAGGUGUGUGCCACCAUAACCAGUUUAUUUUUUAAUCAGCCUUCCAUCAUGGUGAAUCUACAAAACAAACUUCUAAAUCACAUAUUACAGAAAUAAGAUUCUAAUCUACCCACCACUCCCUCAAAAACAACAACAACAAAACAACCUCCAAGUGGGUAGGCAUAGAGAAAAGAGGAGAGAAGGGCAGAGAGAGAGAGAGACAGAGAGAGGAACAGAAAU